AUGAACAAGCAGGGGGACUCACACAGGGAGUACUUGACCGGCUUCCACAAGCGAAAGGUAGAGCGGAGGAGGGCAGCGCUGGAGGAGAUCAAGCAAAAACUGAAGGAGGAGCAGAGGAAGAUGAAGGAGGAGCGACACCAGGAGUACCUGAAGAUGCUGAGCGAGAGGGAGGAGGCGCUCGAUGAAGCUGAUGAACUGGAGCACCUGGUGACGUCACGGACAGAGUCUGUGAACAUCGACCACCCAAACCACAUUGUAACAGUGACCACUAUCAGUGACCUUGAUCUCUCAGGGGCACGCCAGCUGGGACUGACUACCACUGUGGGGAAAAGUGAUGAAUCAGAAGAAGAGAAAGGCAAAGAGGUGAUGAACAAGCCUGUAAGAACGAUGCCCAAGAAGUCCAGAAACCCCUUCCUGUCUGAAAAGAUCUCUUCUCUGACUGCCACGUUGCACAUGCACAGCCGGAAAAAGAGGAAAGGAAAGAAACUCCAACGUGGGCAGGGUCCAUGCAAGAAAAUCCAGAAAUCCAGCACAGGGCGAACUACAAAGACUCAGCGACGGCGGCUGACAGGCAAAAUGGGCCACGACCAAGAUUAG